CCGAGUGUCGAGUGGGAUCGGUGGUGCUGCUGCCAGAAAGUUAUCUUUCGUUUGUGGUGCUCGAAUGUAAUUUGCAGCGACGGACGAAAGAGAGAAGUGGUUGUUUGCCGUCGAGAGACGUAUCACAGACGUUCGCCGCAACGUCCGCAGCCGGGAGCGGCCCCCGUCUCUCGAUUUAGUUUCGCACCUCCCGCCCUGCGCUUCGUUCGUCCGAGCCUCCGGACACACGCACAAACGGCUUUUGCCAUUCCUACCCUCGGGAUUGAGCCUGGAAGGAAGGGUUGCUGAAGAAGAGUGACCGGGAGGAAUCGUCAGGAGCAUGGCGGGUGCAUGGGGGCGCAGGGUGGUCGUCCUGUUCGCGGCCGAGUCGAGGGCUUUGCGGCCUCCGCGUCUAACCUGCAAGAAGAACUUCUUGAUGCAACCCCAAGUGCUGCGGUGUCUGAGCACCAGCCUGAUUCGACCUUCGAGUGAAUCCCCCAUUGAGCCGAACCUGGUCAAAGCAACCCCUGCCCAACCUUCAGACGGAGGGAUAACGAUCCACUACUCGCAAGGCCUGCCUGUGGUGACGGUGCCUUUGCCCUCGAGGAAAGAGCGAUGCCGCUUCACCCUGCGACCGAUAAGUCACUCCGUCGGGGAUUUUCAAGAGAUGCUCAAGAAGGAAGACAAGGGCAUCGAUCGCGUCGCCUGCACCACAUUAGAGGGAGUUCGAAUCGCCUCGUCAAAUACCAUCGAAUCUCUGAUGGAAAACGACUUUUGUCUGGUAAUGAAUGAUGUGUCCUACACAGUCGUCACUCCGCACCAGGAAAGGUUGUCUCAGGAGGAAAUAAAACAAUUGUCCGAUGUUCGGAAUUUAGUGAACCAACUGUACGAGGCCCUCAACGUUGGCGAACACCAACUCUCAAAAGAACGGGAACUUUUCUCCCAGCUGGAGGUCCUAAAAGAACAGAUCCAGCCCUUUGAAGCGAAAAAAAUUGAGCUCGCCCAGCUUGCCGAGAAGAGGACGACAACCCUGACUUGGGUUGGCCUCGGACUCAUGUCUGUCCAGUUUGGCAUCCUUGCACGCCUGACGUGGUGGGAGUACUCCUGGGACAUCAUGGAGCCGGUGACGUACUUCGUCACUUACGGAACCGCCAUGGCUGCUUACGCUUACUUCGUACUAACUAAACAAGAGUAUUUGCUUCCCGACGUGAAAGACAGGCAGUUCCUGAUUUCUUUCCACAAGAAGGCCAAGAAGAAUGGCUUUGAUGUGCAGCGUUACAACGAACUUCGCGAAGGCAUCGCCAGCGUUGAGCGCGACCUGCGGCGGUUGCGCGACCCCUUGCAAAUCCACCUGCCCCCGUCACACCUCCAGGAGGCGUCCCCCGAACCACACAUUUCGCCUCUUGCCCGCGCACAAGAACAAAUCCGUAGCUUGCUCAAGAGAAAGUUUUGAAAAGCGUUCGAUUUUUAGAGAAGAGGCUCCAGAGAAACCACUUUUUAAUUUUGAGCAUUUUUUUCAUCCUUGUCUUCUGCAACAAUAGACUUUGACUUUUUAUUUUUAAGCAUUUGUUUUUUGAUAAAUUAAUGAAACUGCCAUGAAACAAGGUUCAACUCAUAAGUUUGCCAAAAAAUGUCAUUUUUAUCUCAACUAGUCUGAAUGGAAGACUUUUUCUUCUCGAAGCUGAGCCUCUUGCCUCUUUGUUACAUUUGCACACAAAUACUUAAACGGGCGCGGUUAACUUAUUUUAUAUUCUCGAUGAGAAAAUUUUUCGUCCUUAAGCACAAAUAAUUUGAUACUAUUGGUUUUAUGUACUUGCGGUGUGCACAAAAGGCACUCUCAUCUUUGCGACUGUCUGUCAUCCACUUUCAUUGUUUUUUCCGGUGCUGAUGAAUUCUGACCUAAGCUUUACUUACGUCCUACCUGUGAAUAUACAUACUGUUAAGAUACAUAUAUAUGCUGGUGAGAAUUUUUAAUGAGCUUUUCAUAUUUUAAAUUUCAUGGUGCUGACGUGAGAUAUGAAGUUGUUGUUGAACGAAGUGUGUAUAUGCAGUUUUAAUAUAUUAUAUAUAUUUAAUUGAGAUGAUUGUGAUACACUUUCAUCACAAAAGUAGCUUGAUUGUUUAUUGCUGAGGAUUUUAUUCAACUUGUGAUAUAUAUGGAAAUUUCUUAAAAAGCACACUAAUCGCCAAUAAUUAGAAAAUCUUUCAACUCUCACCUAUAAAAUUUUUAAAUCGAUACAAGCGUGGCAAGUUGAUUAAAAUCCAUCUAAAGUAUGUUGAUUAAAAAAAUCUUGUCACUUUAAAAUAAUUAAUUAGCUUCAAGUGCAUCACAUCCCUCUGUUCAUUUCCAGCUUGCUCAGAAUCAAAUUCAACAAGCUGCUUAAUGAUUCCUUUGCGCACAUGCACAUAGUCUUUCAAUAAAAUGCUUGAAAAAUUAUAUUUCCAACAAGUUUUGAGAGUAGUGAACAACUGAUAAGAAUAAACACACCAAUAGCAAAGAGAGCAAAGUGAAUUAAUUAAAAAAAUUUAAUACUAACCAAAAUAAUAACCACAAUAUGUAAAAGUUUGCAACUUGAUAUCCCUUGCUGAAAUUCAGCGCACAGAGUAAUUCGCUUGCACAAAAUUACUAGCAGAAGCACAGCUUGGUACCACACAAAGCUCCCUUUCGCUCCUUAAGGCUUUAAUGAAAAAUCCCAUACUUUCUGCUGUAAGAUCAAAAUUAACCUGUGUAUAAAUUUAUACUAUUCCAUGCAUUACGCUCUUAUAAUCUUACAUAAUACACGCCACAUUUCCAUUGGCGCUUGUCUUUUCUCAAACCCUAAGUUGGUAGCUGAACACGACCCUGAACAAAUCAAAAUCUAAUUAAUACGUGAAACUAACAUGUAAUAAUAUGGUUGUUACGCGGAUAACAUUACCUAAAACGCAAAACUUAACAUAAUUAUAUCAACAUUUUCAACAAAAUAAACUAAUAGAGCAAAUUUGGAGUGAUGAACUCAGAGUUACCUUUCGAAUUGUGAUAAUUUUACUAUGAAAUACAUACAACUAUGAAAAGAUACACGUUAUUGUAAAUGAUGUUUUCAUAGGUGAAGAAUGAGU